AUGACUAAAUUUGCGAAGGACUUAGAUUCAAAUAAAAAAUUGAAGAGCUUUCUUGAAGGCUUCUAUAAGAUUUCUGAUACCAAACCUCCUGUUCAAGGAGACGAAUAUGUGGAUUAUUUUACUCCUGAAGCUACUCUUCUCUUAGGAGCAAAUCAGGCCAAAGGCUCCAGCGAAAUAAGACAAUUACGUCAAAACAUAUGGUCCAAUGUCUCAAAAAGACAUCAUGUAGUCCACAAUGUUGCUGCUGUGAAUGAUACCGAUGUUUUGCUCAAUGGUGAUGUUGAUUAUGUUUUGAAUGAUGGUUCAAGUUCAACCAAGUCAUGGGGUGCUUAUAUUGAAUUUGAGUCUCCAGCACAGGAAAAAAUGAAGUAUUAUCGAGUUUACAUUUGA